AUGAGUCACAACGGCAUUCGUCGCUUACGCCGCGAGGCUCAAAACUGGCCGUUGACUGGUGAUGCCACAACCAGGCAAAGAAUCAGCCAGUUCUUUACUGGAAAAGGCCUCGAUGUUCCACUACCAAUAACCUCUAGCCUCCAGAGCGACGAAGCUUUCCCGAUGCCAACUACCCCAACUUUCAAUCUGCUAGGCGUCGAUAUCGUCCCAGCCGUGCUUCAACAAUGCCUCGGCCUCCUGAGCCGGGACGAUGAAGACCGCUUCCAUGUAGCGCACGUGCGGCCCGGAAGAUCUAAGAGCACCACAGACCUGUUAUUGCCUCAAACUUCCAACGGCUUCAGCCGAGGGUCCCCCGAAGGAGCCAGCGUACUUGGGGCAGCUGCCGCAAGGGGCCCUCAGCUUCGUAUCCCAACGUCGGUUCGUGGCUUUGCCCUUCACAAGGAGGCCGGAAAACUCAUGUCGCUGCUCCGUGGUCAUGCUGUGAAAGAGGACAAUGAGCUCGACCUGUCGCCGUGGAAGUUUCACCAUUCUCUCUGUUGGUGGACAGCUUGUGCCCUUGGUUAUGGGCUAGAGGGCUUCGAACAACUGGAUGUUGAUAGAGACAACAAAGAAUUGAGCAACCUUCAUACAAGACUUCAAGGCCACGCGGACGCUGGUCCCUCAUGCCCUACGGAUGAGGACAGAGCAGACAGUUCCGAUUCCGAGGUCGAAAUUACAACGAAGAAGACCUUUGAGGAGUUCGCCGCUCUAGUCCAAAUCGCCCGAAAGAACAUGACCUUAUGA